AUGGUAAAUGAAGAAGAAGAGUUGGUGGUAACCCCAGGAGAAGGGGGAGCCGAUGCAGAAGUAUUGGGGGAUGCUGCAUCAGGGGCGAUAGGGUCAGUCCCAGCUGUCGGGAUGGUGGUAACCCCAGCUGAAGGGUCAGUGGUGGUUCCAGAAGCAGAGGUGGUGGUAUCCCCAGGAGAAGGGAUGACGUUACCUGCAGCACAGGAAGGAGCAGCGGCAGCAGGAGCAGGGGAUGCUGCAUCAGUGGGGGGGGCGUUAGUGGCAAUCCCAGCAGAAGGGUUGGUUCUAACCCCAACAGCACAAGGGGGAGCAGCUGCAGAAGGAGAGGGAGAUUUCGCAUCAGGGGAAAUGCCGCUGCUGCUGUGUGCACCACCAGGCGUUUUCAGUCAGGUGGAUGAUCAGGAGGCACCAGAUGCUCAGGUGAAAGGCCAGGAGGAAACAGCAGAGGCGUGCUUGGAUGAAGAGAGUGAUGCUGUUGGUAGACCCUGUCAGAUAGUGAACUGGGCUAAGCCGAGGCACAAGCGCGGGAGAAAACACAAAUACUCCUCCCUGGGAUUUGACCCGGAUCCGCAUGAUCGCAGCAACCUGGAAGCUUCCUCGCGCAACAUGCCAGUGAACGAGGAUCAAGGGGUGUUUGAGCGGUUGAGAGGGGUGAUGCCGCUGGUGUUCCGGGGGAGGAAGUGGGGGAAGGGGGAAGUGGAUGCGUUGCGGGAGGGGGUGGAGCAGCAGGUGGUGCAGGGGAUGAUUGAAGAGGCAGUGAGGGAACGACCAGAAAUCACUCUGGAUAGGUCCCUCCUACAGCGCACCAUAGCAGAGAUCAAAUCGCGCCAGCUCACACCAGAGGCCAUGCGUGCUGCCGUGGCGCGAGUUGAUUGGUCGACAGUCGCCGCUGCGUUUGUCAAUCCGGCCAAUAGGAGCCUCGGACGGGGCCUGCACCUGAGGCGCACGGCUCUCGAGUGCAAAUUGAGAUGGUUGAACGUGGACGAUCCGAGUAUAACGUGGGGCGAGUGGAGUGAGAGGGAGGAGGAGAUAUUAAAGGAGGUGGCUGAGAGUAGGGGACUGUGCGGGUGGGAAGGGAUUGCAGAAGAGGUCAACCAAAGAGUAAGAGAGGAGGAGGAAGGAGAGGAGGUGUUGUGGGAGGAAGGAGGAGAGACAUUCUUCAGUUCCCACAAUGCUAGUGGUUCUGCUCGGUUGAGGUUCUUCAGUUCCCACAAUGCUAGUGGUUCUGCUCGGUUGAGGUUCCUCAGUUCCCACAAUGCUAGUGGUUCUACUCGGUUGAGGUUUCUCAGUUCCCACAAUGCUAGUGGUCCUGCUCGGUUGAGGUUCCUCAGUUCCCGCAAUGCUAGUGGUUCUGCUCGGUUGAGGUUCCUCAGUUCCCACAAUGCUAGUGGUUCUGCUCGGUUGAGGUUCUUCAGUUCCCACAAUGCUAGUGGUUCUGCUCGGUUGAGGUUCUUCAGUUCCCACAAUGCUAGUGGUUCUGCUCGGUUGAGGUUCCUCAGUUCCCACAAUGCUAGUGGUUCUGCUCGGUUGAGGUUCCUCAGUUCCCACAAUGCUAGUGGUUCUGCUCGGUUGAGGUUCCUCAGUUCUCCUCACAAUGCUGAUCGAUAA